AUGCAUCCACCACUGCCUCUUGAACACCAGAAAAUGCUCUCAUGCAAAAUGUGCUGUUCAGAUCCAUGUCCAGCAUUACUGAUUCUUUCUUUAAAAUGUAUUUGCAUCCUGCACACAAGGAAGGAAGAAAUGAUUUUGAAGUUAAUUAAGAAAAUACUUUUUCUCUUCAUGACUGUGCUUGGCAUUAUGGGAAACAUGUCUGUUUCUGUGAAUUACAUGUUCAGUUGUUGGGGAAGCCCUGAGAAGAAACCCGUACACCUUAUUCUUAUCCACCUGGCUUUUACAAACACUGUCAUCCUUCUUGCAAAAGGACUGCCAAAGACUAUUGUAGCUUUUGGUUUGAGAAAUUUCCUAGAUGACUCAGGCUGUAAGAUCAUUGUUUACUUGGAAAGGGUGGCCCAUGGCCUCUCUCUCUGCGCCAGCAGUCUCCUCACUGUGGUCCAGGCCAUCAUCAUCAGCCCCAGAGCAUCUGGAUGGAGGAUGCUCAGGCCAAAGUCUGCAUGGCACAUCCUUCCAUUCUUCUUAUUCUUUUGGUUAUUCAGUGCAUUAAUAAAUAUGAACCUAAUAAAUUCCAUCACAAGUACAAGACUGAAUAUAUCACAAUUUAAGACUGAUAGCAAUAAUUGUUAUUUUAUGUUACCAAGUCAGAAAAUAAAAGGGAUUGUUCUCCCUCUCAUGGUCCUGAGAGAUGCAGUCUUUCAGGGUGCUAUGGGAGGGGCCAGUGGCUACAUGGUAUUUCUUCUCUAUAAGCACCACCAGCAUGUCCUCUACCUUCAGAACUCCAAGCUUCUUUACAGAACUCCUCCUGAGCUGAGAGCUGCCCAGAGUGUUCUCCUUCUGAUGUUCUGUUUUGUUUUCUUCUACUGGACAGAUUGUGCCUUUUCCCUAAUUUUAAGUCUCUCCUCAAAGGACAACACCUUAAUGGUAAAUCCUCGAGAACUUCUGACCCUUGGUUAUGCAACGUUUAGUCCCCUGGUGCUGAUUCACAGGGAUGGGCUUCUGGUUGAACGUUGGCAUGUUCAGUGGGAGAAAUUGAGAAAAUGUCUCUUAUUUAUAUGUUCAACAAGGAAGAAGAAACUCUCAGUUCUGCAAUAUUGUGGGUAA